AUGGCGUCUUGGGAGUACACGCUCACGGGCUUCUCUGCUUUCCUGGAGCAGCGACGCGUCUCCUUCAUGCAGCCGAUGCCAGCGGGUUGCGUCUGCAGCAGGUGUGGCCGGGUGCCUGCCGUCAUGGUAUAUCUACCCUGCGGUCACGUCACGUGCGAAUACUGCUUUCGCGUAGUCGUCCUCGGAGCGGCCUGUCCUCUCGACGGAUUGACAUUCACGGCCGAUCAACUUGUCUACCAUCGCGUCCCGCUGUCCGACCUGGAGAACCGGCGCGUUUUCUGCACCGUGGGCGGCCGGAGGUGUCCCAACUUCGCCGGCACACUAGGCGAGCUGACGGAGCACAUGCUCCACUGCCGCAGCGUCGACGUGAACUGCGACAAGUGCCGACGACCCGUUGCGAGCGAACUGCUCGUGGAUCACUACAGGAACUGCGGCCAAGGAAACCGGGCGCGUGAAGUUCCCGUGGACAGAGCCGCCGAAGAACUCGGAGGCGUCAGAGCGGACCUGCUGCCACAGCGGGCGCGGGACGAUGGCGACGUUGACGUCGACAACGCCCAGGGAGCCUACAUAUUGGGCGAAAUGCUCGCUAGCGUCGAAGGCGCACUGUCCUCGAUGCAGGCAAUGGCGGACAGCGUCCACCGCGGAAGUCCUUCGCCGAGGACGAAGACCUCAAUCGUGGGACCUUCCCGCACUCCAUCGAAACCCGGUGCACUAAUAGUCACUUGCAAGCUCUUCGACGUGCACACCGCGCGCGACUCAGUAGCGCCGGGCGUGGAACACAACCUGUCGAGCGAACUGUACACGCUAGCUGGUUACACCUUCAAGUUGCAGUGUAACUUUGCCUCGUCGGAGGUUGAAGAGAACGUUGAAGAGGUGAACGUGAGGUUCGGUCUGUUCCUCUGCGCUGGGGUGUGGGACGAUCUCCUGGAGUGGCCGUUCCCGAAGAAGGUGUCGCUGACCAUCGCGCACCCGAUGGACGAGGCCAAGGACGUCGUGCUCGCAUUGCCCAUGGAAGGCAAUCAAGUGCUGAAGAAACCGCGCUCCGGCCGUAAUUCGAACAUGGGAUACAUGACGGAACCGAAGCCCUGGAGCGACAUAGAACUCCAUGGAUACAUUGUGAGAGGUGCCCUGUACGUUAAUGUUGAGUUUGAGUGA